AUGAUCAUCAUACGUCGAAGCUCCACCACAAAGGAGCGCUCCGAGCCGGGCGUAUGCAAGGUCGCGCGGUACCACGGCCCCCUUGUACUGGAGCUGAAGCCGCUGGUCCCUCUAGUGUUCCGCGGCAGCGCCGCCGCGUUCAAGCUGGACCCGCCCUCCCCCGCCUUUGCCCCCGCGUGGCCGCGGCGCGCGCGCGGCGGGGACGUGCGCGUAGUGGCGGCCGACGGCGCGUCGGAGGCGGCGCACAGGGUGGUGCUGCAGUGCCGGCUGCCGGCGCUGCAGAAGGCCAGCUGGGGGGCGGACGUGGACGAGGUGCGCAUCGACGCCCUGGCCGACGGCCCGACCCUCUCGUCGUUCCUCGAGUUCCUCUACAACGACGACCUGGCCCCCUCCCAGAUCACCCACGCGCUGCACGUCGCCGCGCUGCGCUGCCACGUGCCGCGCCUCGCCGCCGUCUGCGAGCGGCGCUUCGCCGAGCAGCUAGAAGAGCAGAUGGCGCAGUGGGGCGGCCUCGCGCCCACGGGGCAGGCGGCGGCGCUAGACAGCCUGCUCGAGUGGGCGCGGUACGCGGAGGCGCUCGCGCGGACGCAGCUGCUGGACCUUUGUGUGCACCUCGCGGCGCAGCGGCUGCCGGCGGCGCGCACCAGCUCCGUACUUUGA